AUGGCGAUGACGAUGACGAUGACGAUGAUAACGACGACGACGACGACGACGACGAUGACAUCGCCGGGCGCGGUCGGUGGACGGACGACGGGACGGCGCGGACGCGUCGGUGGAAUGAUGCCGCGCGCGGUGCGGGAUCGCUCGACGGAGGGCUACGCGGACGCGGCGACGGCGGUGAACGAGGGGUUGCGAUUGUUUGCGGGGAAGGAGUACGAAGGGGCGACGCGGGCGUUCGGCGCGGCGCUCACGAUGUCGCCGUCGGAGGACGAGGCGAGGGCGGCGAGGUAUAAUCGAGCGUGUGGGUUCGUCAAGCUGAACGAGUACGACGCGGCGAGGGACGAUCUCAUCGCCGCGGUGAACGAGCAUAACUUGAAAUUUAAGGUGCUCAUGGAUGACCCAGACCUGGACGCGUUUCGGUCGACGACGCAGUACGGCGAGGUCGCCGCCGCGGUCAAGGGAGGACAGGGGUCGAACACCAUGGUGAAUCUUCGUGCGGAGGCGCAGGAGCCGUUCAGGUUCUUCAAGCUGUAUCUGUUCGGGGGUCUCGCCGCGGGCGCGGGGCUCGGGCUGUUCAUCAUUGGCACGCGCCUCGUCAAGGCGUUACAGGGAGGAGAGGGGGCGCCGGAUUUGACGGAAACCGUGACAAACUUAGGAAUCAACACCGCGGGAUUGAUCGCGUUCACACUUUUGCUUCGCGGUGAGCUCAAGGGACGCGAACAAAUCAUCAAGAAGGUUGAACGCGAGGAGGAGUUGGGACGACUGGGCGUGACGCUCGGUGACGGGGAAAAGAGCGUGUUGUUCUCUCGAUUGCGAGGGUCUUAUCGCGUCUUCGUCGUCGCGGGGAGCGAAGAACACAUCAAUAAAACGUUGGCGAGUCUGGAGAAGUAUAAGGAGAAGCUGACGAAGAGCAAGGUUGUCGUCUUGCCAGUGAGCAUGGAUAAGACGGAUGCGGAACGGGGAGACUUGCCUUUCGGCCAGAGAAGUCGACGGUCUAAGGCUUCCAAGACGACCGAAAUGACGGCCGCCGCCGCCGCGGCGCUUCUCGGUGAUGACAAAAAGCUUAAGCUUACGCCAGUUGACGUCGGAGCGUGGCAGAAGUGGAUCAUUAACCAAGUUGAACUGUCCGGUUUCGACCCGACUGCGCGCGACGUUUUCUUUGGCGUGGCAAAGAACGGAACGAUUUGGAAAUCCGGCGCCGGGAUCCCGAACUGGGCGAAGAUGUUUGAAGAGUUACCGGAUGAAGAUUCCCUUCAAGGCAAGGUCACUGGCGUUUGA